CGUUUUUGCCAAAUGACAGCUGGACUUCCAGAAAAUAAAAGUUGGCCAGUUUUUGUCAUCCAGUUCGUUGUCGGAUUAUUCAAGGAGAUUGUGAAAAUAUAAACAGUUUUGUAGAAGACAAUAAAAAAACCUCUUUAUGUGCAAUAAAGUUGAUAAUCACAGACGCUGAGAGUUCCGUAUCGCUUUAUAGUGCCGGCGUCACCAUGUCGGACGAGAGUCAUCCAAAAACAUUGUAUGUGGGCAAUCUGGACGUGUCAGUGUCAGAAGACCUGUUGUGUACUUUAUUUUCACAAAUAGGCCCAGUAAAAGGCUGCAAAAUUAUUAGAGAACCCGGAAAUGAUCCAUAUGCUUUUGUCGAAUUCACUAAUCAUCAGUCAGCGUCAACAGCGUUGGCGGCGAUGAAUAAAAGAUUGUUUUUGGAUAAGGAAAUGAAAGUAAAUUGGGCCACGAGCCCCGGCAAUCAACCUAAACAAGAUACUUCUAACCACCACCACAUCUUUGUAGGCGAUUUAUCACCAGAAAUAGAGACUGAAACGUUAAGAGAGGCCUUUGCUCCAUUCGGAGAAAUUUCAAAUUGCAGGAUUGUAAGGGAUCCCCAGACACUGAAGUCGAAAGGAUACGCUUUCGUAUCGUUUGUAAAAAAAGCAGAAGCUGAGAACGCGAUUCAGGCAAUGAAUGGACAAUGGCUAGGUUCUCGUUCUAUCCGUACAAAUUGGUCAACGAGGAAGCCUCCACCGCCGCGAACGGAGAAACAAACGCAAAGAGCAAAGCAACCGACCUUCGACGAAGUAUAUAACCAGAGUUCCCCAACUAACACAACAGUUUACUGUGGAGGCUUCACAAAUGGCCUAUCCGACGAAUUAGUACACAAAACUUUCGCUCCGUUCGGUUCGAUACAAGACAUACGUGUUUUUAAAGAUAAAGGUUAUGCAUUCAUUAAAUUCACUACAAAGGAAAGUGCAACUCACGCUAUCGAGAGCAUCCACAACACAGAAAUAAACGGUCAGAACGUAAAAUGCUUCUGGGGGAAGGAGAACGGCGGUCUAGGACCAGAUCCAAGUGCCAUGCCUCCCGGCGCCGCGGUACCCCAGAACGCGGCACCGCCUUAUUCUUACUACGGGGGUUACUGGUACCCACAGACGUACAGCGGAGGAGGGUACAUGCAGAACUACCCUUACCAGCAAUACCAACAAUACCCCGGAAACCAGCAGUACUGUGUGAUGCCCCAACAAGGACAGUGGUCGGGUCAGCCAGGUCAACAACCCAAUGUGCCGGUGAUGUACACCUCUGUACAGAAAUACCCUUCGCAGUGAACUUCCCCAUAGACAGGUCUCUAGUUAUACGCCGUGCUGCAACUUAAUUGUGCUACAUCCAAAAUUGCAGCAUCUUGUAGCAUAAUUAUAUUAAGGGACAUUUAUCAAAUAAAAUUACAUAUUAUGUGUAGUUUUUAGCUACCAUCCUUACACUUUAGCAGUUUAAGACUUUGCCGUCAUCGUUCGAUUCAAUAAUUCUGCAGUUUGUACUCAAUGAUUCAAGCGUUACUUGAAAGUUUGAAUGAGUUACUUUGACGUAAGUCCAAAAAAAUAAUUACGUGAUCACUUUAGUUAUCGGACUUGCAUUUUUGUAAUGGAAUAAUAUCCGUGAAAGUCUAUACUUUAGGCGUAAAGUGUGGAUGGUACUUGAACAUUUAUAAAGCGUGAUAUAUUACAAUUAUUGUUUUUUUUUUCUUUUGUCAAAACUGGUAAAGAACGAAUGUUGAUAUAAAUGUAUGCAAGUUUGUAUGCUGUGUCCGAGACUGGCUGACACUGGGUUUUAUCAAGGACUCUGGUAAAAAUCGUGACAGUCAAGGAAGUUACUGUAGGUAUGAUAUUUAAAAUUUAGGGUAGUAGAUCACUGUAAUUAUUAAGUAAUAUCACGGCUAUCAAUUGUACACAGAAGACAAGUUAAUGAAGAAGGUCUCAGUCAAAUAAGACAGAUUUUAUAACAAAAAAAAAUGUAUAUGCUAGUUGUUAAUAAAAAUUUCAGGUCUGGGA